GGCCUUACCCAGAAGGGCCACAACUCGUACAAUGUGCCGUCUGCGUCGGCCGAUCCACGAAUAGUCUAUACUUUAUAGGUAGCCGUAGAAUUUUGAAUUGGACAUUGUUCUUAGCGAAUGGGCACCCUCUGCCUCCCGCCCCCGCCUUCUCCUCCCCUGGAGGCCCUCGGGCCGCAUCUCCACCGUCGAUGCUCCCAUCUCCUGCAAUCGUGCACGUCCAUGAGAUGCCUCAAGCAGACUCAUUCCCUGCUGAUUCGCACCGGCCUCGACCGGCUAGAGCCCCUCGUCGCGAAACUCAUCUCUUUCUGCGCCCUCUCCCCCGCCGGCAGCCUGGACUACGCCCGUCUCAUCUUUGCCGGCAUCGAGUCCCCAACUACCCAUCUCUGCAACAUCAUGCUGAGAGGCUUCUCACGCAGCAAUUCGCCAGAAAACGCGAUUCUUCUCUACGAGCAGAUGCGGACCACAGGCGUUUCUCUGGAUCGGUACAGCUUUCCGCCGCUUCUGAAAGCAAUGACGCAAGCUUUGGCGCUUGGUGAAGGUAGAGAGGUUCAUGGGUACGUGAUGAAGAUGGGAUUUGACUCGGACGUGUUUAUACAUAACGAAUUGUUGCAAUUUUAUGCUGAAUGCGGCAGCGUUCUGGACGUCAGACAAGUGUUCGAGAAAACGCCUCGAAGGAAUAUGGUGACUUGGGAUUUUUUCCUUGGUGGGCUUUUUCGAAGGGGUUUGUUUCAGGAGGUUGUGUCGCGAUUUGAUGAGAUGUUGAAGAUGGGGAUCGAACCGGAUGAGCUCAUUCUGGGUACAGUCAUUUCAGCGUGUGGGCAUGCUAAGGAUCUUAGAAUGGGGGAGGCGGUCCAUUCCUAUAUAGAUAAAAGGAAAUUGAAAAUUGAUAGCUAUUUGGAAUCUUCAUUGGUGCACAUGUAUGCAAAUUGUGGGAGCCUGGCGCAAGCGCAUAAGUUGUUUGAUGGGAUGGAGGUGAAGAGCUUAGCAGCUUGGACUGCUUUGGUUUGUGGGUACUGUAAGACUGGAGAAGUUGAGACUGCGCGCUCGCUUUUCAAUCAAAUGCCAGAGAAAGAUACGGUAUCUUGGAGCGCUAUGAUUGCUGGUUAUGUCGAGAAUGGUCAGCCUAAUGAUGCCUUGAAGCUGUUCCAUGAGAUGCAGCUUUCAGGUGCAAAAUUGGAUCAUAUCACGCUGUUGAGUGUCCUCUCUGCAUGUGCUGACCUUGGGGCACUAGAUCAGGGAAGAUGGAUUCACUUUUUCAUUCAGCAGAAUGGCUUCAACCAGACAUUAUCUGUGAAUAAUGCACUUAUUGACAUGUACGCCAAGUGCGGGAGCUUGGAGGACUCACGCAAGGUCUUUAAUGCCAUGCCUAUGAGGAAUGUGAUCUCUUGGACUGCAAUGUUAACAGGUUUAGCCAUGCACGGGGAUGGUAAGGCUGCUUUGGAGCUGUUCUACGAAAUGAAGAAAUCCAAUACCAAACCGAAUGACGUUACGUUCAUCGGCAUGCUAUAUGCGUGCAGCCAUGCCGGUUUGGUGGAUGAAGGUCGCCAACUUUUUGUUGAGAUGACCAAAGAAUACGGGAUCAUGCCUAGGCAAGAACACUACGGCUGCAUGAUUGAUCUUUUGGGCCGUGCUAAUCUUCUUGAUGAUGCAUGUGAGCUCGUCAAAUCUAUGCCAAUGAGGCCAAACGUUGUCAUCUGGGGAGCUCUUGCAGCAGCUUGUAAGAUCCAUAAGAACGCUGUAAUAGGUGAAUAUGCUGCAAAACAACUUCUACAGCUUGAUCCUGAACAUGAUGGUGCAUAUGUGAUGCUAUCAAACAUCUAUGCUUCUUCUAGUAGAUGGGAUGAUGUUGCAGAGAUGAGAAAAUUGAUGAAAGAUAGGGGAGUUACGAAAGAAACUGGCUGUAGUUGGAUUGAAUUGAAUAACAUCACACACGAGUUUGUUAUGGGAGACAGGUCACAUCCGCAAACAGAUGAAAUUUAUCAAAAGCUUCAUCAAGUAGUUAGUAAAGUGAAGCUGAUUGGUUAUGCACCAAAUACAUCUAAUGUGCUGUUAAAUGUGGAGGAGGAGGAGAAAGAUGACAUGCUUCUCCUGCACAGUGAGAAGCUUGCAGUGUCCUUUGGGCUCAUUAAUGUCGGCGCUGGAUCAUGUAUUCGUAUAGCAAAGAACUUGAGAAUUUGUGAUGACUGUCACUCUUUCAUGAAGCUCAUUUCUUUGGGCUUCAAUCGUGAAAUAAUCCUUCGGGACAGGAACCGAUUCCACCACUUCAAAGAGGGCUCUUGUUCAUGUAGAGGCUACUGGUGAAUGCUAACUAAGAGCUCAUUGUAUUCUAUUCAAUCUUUAAAACAUAUAAGGGACACCAUUUGUAUUGAUGCCUUGACGGUAAAUAGUGAGUCUAGCAGUUUGGCAGAGUCUUGGUUUGUUAAAGUGAAUUAUCUUCCA